AGAUUGGAAAGUGGAAACGCUUUUUAAAGCACCAUGAGCAUGAGGUCGUGGACCAUAGAUCAAACCCGUCCAGUACUUUCCUUUUCCUCCGAUCUCCUGCGAGUCGCGACAAAUUCGCUCACAGAAGGGAAUAAAAUAAUCGAAAAGCAAUCCUAAGAAUACCAGGGUGCGCAUUUACACACCCAGCUCUACUUAGAGCCACACGAAGGGGAGCUUCCAGGAACCCGACAAUGGAACGCAAAGCCUAUGACCUCUUCUGUAUAUAAGAAGAGGUCACUGACUCAGUUGGUUCGCCCUAUCGAAUUCCUUCGUGGUUCGUAUUUGGGAGUUCACUGACUCAACCCACCAACAAACGACCCUCACCCACAGUUAGAGAGUAGUCACCCUUCCUCUCUCGGACGCCAUGGAAGCAAUCUACACUUAUUCUUCACCUUCGACGUCGUCGAGCGACUCGUCUGAGUCUGAGUCUUCUCAUCCUGGUAAUAAGCAGAUGGGAUCGACAAAGAAGUCGGAGAGGAUCAAAGGACCUUGGAGCACCGAAGAAGACAAGAUCCUGACCCGACUCGUCAACCGACACGGCGCCCGAAACUGGUCUCUCAUAAGCCGCUACAUACCAGGCCGGUCAGGUAAAUCGUGUCGGCUCCGAUGGUGUAACCAACUCAGCCCAAAUGUCGAGCACCGUCCGUUUUCUCCAGCCGAGGACGAGACCAUCUUGGCGGCACAUGCCAGUUACGGCAACAGGUGGGCCACCAUCGCUAGGUUGCUCCCUGGUCGGACCGAUAAUGCCGUGAAGAAUCACUGGAACUCUACGCUUAAGAGGAGGCAAAGGGAACAACCAGUCGAAGAUAACAAUGGUGGUCGGAGCUUGGAAUCUGGGUCCUCGUCGGAGACGAAACCGGACCCACCGACUACUCUGACACUUGCGCCGCCUGGCGUCAGUUGUUCGUUGCCGGAGAGGCGGAUGGAGAAUUUUUCUUCAGAGUUCUGGGAUAUGAUGAGGGAGGUUAUUGCCAAAGAGGUGAGGAAUUAUGUGUCUUCAUCGCUGGCUGAAACAGCAGGGUUUCCGUAGGCCAUAGCCGUAAGAGGAGUGAAAGAUCGUAAUUGCCAAAGAACGUCAUUUCUGCCUCAGAACUGAGUUGGGGUUAAUUAAUUGUAGAUCGUAAUAGCCAGCUAUGAAUAUCAUGGAAAGCAGAGAAAAAGAAAAGUCUCUUCUUUUGAAACUGGCAGCCACAAGCAAUGCAAACUCUAGUCCUCUCCUCCAAAAUGAAAACUGCAAUGUCUGUAAAUGAGUAAAUCGAAGUUUUCUUCUGUGAAUUCUUCUUAUAAAUCCUUUUUCAAUGGAAACUGCAAUGCGGGAAGAAUCAACGAUUUCUUUCUUUUUCAUAUAUAAUAGCAUCGGGAAAUUUGUUGUUAUUUGUUUGUGGGAUGCUCCGCCGUGUAAAUGCUAAUCAGCGGAGAUGAGAGGGUUUUUAUUUAUGAAAUUAAACGUGUGGUCCAUCCCACCAGUUAAUCUA